CAUUUCGCAAUAACAUGCAUUUUAAUUGUUCCAAUUCAUUUUAUUCACAUAGUGGAAAAAUGCUAUUGAAGGCCAAUUUUUGGAGCCCUUGCAAACCGGUUUUGAUAGACGUCAUUUGAUCCAUAUAGCUAAUGCUAUUUAGUGGGAUAAAGUUUGGUUCUUGUUGUUGCUGCAAACCAGUUUUGAACCGGCUUGAGAUGCAUCAUCUCAAAGUUUACAAUUCACAACUAUAUAAUAAUGUUAGAGGAAUGAUAUUUGCGGAACAGAUUUGUGACAGCUUUUUAGGUGUUCCUUCGGCUGACCAGAGGUUACGCGGUGGUGGAAGCUGAAUGAUCUUUAGAGAAGGAGUUCUUCGGAGGUGGCACAUUGUUGAAGAUGAGGACUGGAUUCUCUUUUACAAGGAUGUUCUUUUGAGAGUGAUAGAAUGGGUGCUUUUGAUGAAUUGCCGGAAGAGUGCAUUGCCGCCAUACUCUCUCGAACGACUCCCGUUGACGCCGUCAGACUCUCCCUCGUUUCUAAGACACUCCGUUCUGCCGCUGAUUCCGACGCCGUCUGGAACCACUUUAUCCCUUCCUAUCCCGAUUUCAUCGAGACUAUCGUCUCAAAGUCUCCUACCUUUGCCAACAUUCGUACCAAAAAAGCUGUCUAUCUUGCCCUAUGUGAUCGCUAUAUCAUCAUCUCCGACUACGAGGACGACAAUGCUCGAAAGAGCUUUCAAUUGGAUAAAAAGAGUGGAAAAGACUGUUACACGUUUUCUGCUAGAUUUCUCGACUUUACUGAUUCUAUGCUUGGGUUUAGUUGUUCUCGAAAUAUUUGGACUCUUACGCCAGAUUCCAGGUUCACUGAAGUCGCUGCGCGUGCUGAUGUUGGCUGGACUGACUUUUUGAUUAACAUUUGUGGUAGGAUAAACACCAUUGACUUGUCCCCAAAUACUCAGUAUGCAGCUUAUCUUGUGUUCAAGGUGAUUGAUGUCAUUGGAUGUAGUAGACCUCAUGUGGAGUUCUCAGUUGGUGUUGGAAAUGACCAUGAUGAUGUUACAAAUCCUUGUUAUCAUACUUCCAAAAUUGUCUGUUUAUAUCGAAAUUACCAAGGUGGGGCAAACAACACAGUGGUAGGAUUGCAAAGUUCUAUUGUGAGAAGCGAUGGGUGGUUUGAGAUUGAGAUGGGGGAGUUCUUCAAUUUAGGCCUAGAAAAUGAAGUCAAGAUGAAUGUUUUUAUGGAGAUGAAGGAUGGUAACCAGAAUACACGUCUCUUAUUUGAAGGAAUAGAAGUUAGACCUAAGUAAUACAAUUAAGCAACAUUCACUGAACUAUGCAAGGGGUCUUAUGUCUUGGAUGGCAGAACAACGUUUGAAGAUUUGAAGUUCCAACUUUUCAACAUAUUAUAUAUUAUUGUUCUAAACUCUUUCUUUGUAAAAUAUAUUCACACUUUAUAUUGCUUAUUGUUCUUCAGUAUACUCGGAUAUCUUUGUUGUGGGUAUCUGCCUCGUGUUGUCUGUUGAUUGUUCCAACUAUAUAAUAUAUUGUGAUGCAUUAUGAAUUUGCUAUUUAUUGAUUUGGAA